CUGCUUGCUACAUCCAUACAGAUAAACAGUUCACUUUAUCUCUGAACAUACAUCGACAGAAUGAUACUAGACACUGUCUGCUGUUCGGAUUUAACCAUGUAAUCUCUGAACGGGGUGAAAGUGACGAGACGCAACAACACCGUCAAGAUCCAGAAAGUGAAGCUCAUGGUCAGUUCACUUGUGAUCGACACACUCUUUUCUGAGGACAGCAACACACUUGAGAUCCUGUCAUGGUAGACCUGUUCUUGGGGAAGGUUUUGGUGAAGAACAAUAAAGACAAAGAUGAGCUGGACACCGAGCGCGAGAUCAUCCUGCGUCUUCAGAACCGGAUCCUCAUGCUGUUCUUUGGCUCUGGUGAAUGUGAGAAGUGUCAGGACUUUGCCCCGAUGCUCAAAGACUUCUAUAAGAAACUAACGGAUGAGUUUUACGUAGAGCGCUCGGCGCAGCUCGUUCUGUUGUACAUCUCUCUGGACUCAUCGGAGGAGCAGCAGGAGAAGUUCCUGAAAGAGCUGCCCAAGCGCUGCCUGUUUCUACCCUACGAAGACACCUACAGGAAGGAGCUGGGCGUGAUGUUUGAAGUGCAAGACUUGCCCACCGUGGUGGUGUUGCGUCCAGACUGCUCGAUCCUCUCUCCAAACGCUGUGACAGAAAUCUCCACGCUUGGGCCGGACUGCUACCGCAACUGGCAGGAAGGGGCAGAGCUCAUCGAUAGGAACUUCAUGAUGAAUGAGGAAUUUGACGAGAGCAAAAUGCGCAGCAUGACAGAUCCCAUCCGAAGACUCAAAUAUAAGGUGGAGGACAAGAAGAAGGAAAAGAAGAAAGAGAUGAGUGCAGAAGAUGACAAUGAUGAUGAAAACGAUGGAGGGGGAGGGGGCGGGCCUUGGGGCUGAUCUGCCUCAUCCUGAUUGGCUGACUGAUGCUCCACUGACAUUAGUGAUCUGGUAUGCUGUAGACAGUUGUGGAAAGUCAUAGAAUUGAACAGAUAAAGUUGGAGCAUUUAAAAAGUAAGUUGGAAUACCCUAAGCUGUUUUUGAAAUUAAAUGUUGAGUGUGGAGUUCGGGUGUGAAAAUACUUCUUGCAAUGUAGUGUUCUCCAGACCAAUGGAGGAAACAAGAAGAGCAAAGUUCUCAGUUCCGUAAUGCGAUUACAUUUUUGCUUCUUGCAUAAUAUUUUUUAUAUUUCUGGGAUUAUAGGUGUAAACUCAUAAACUGCAUAUAGAUGCUUGGUCUGACUUGUACAGUACAUGCAUAUGCAAUUUACAUGUUAUUUUUUAACACCUGCUUUUAUCAACAUUUUAAUUACUAAUCGUCUACGUCUUUCGGCUGCACCCGUUAGGGUCGCCAAAACAGACCAUCCGUGAUCCGCAUAUUUGACUUGGCACAGGUUUCUUUUACGCCGAAUGCCCUUCCUGACACAACCCCCGGUGGCUGGGGUACUCUCAACAUUUUAAUUACUAAUAAACUAUGAAAUUACUAAUACAAGUUUUUCUUGAGUGUUUUUAAUUCAGAAUGUAAUUUUGUUUAAAAAGAGUUCUUUCAGUUUUCCAUAAUUUCCCAGAUAAAUAGGGUACUAUCAUUGUACAGAAUUUCAAAGACAAAGUGAAGUAUGCAUAUAUAUAUACAGCUCUGGAAAAAAAUUAAGAGACCACUCCAAAUUUUUCUUAAAUCAACAUCUCUACAUGUAUGACAGCCAUUCCACUCCAGUGUCUGUUUAAUUCCAACACAAUCACACCUCAUUCUACUUAAUGGGGUACUAAUUAGGUGAUCACUUGAACCAAAUCUUAUUUAACGAGGAAAAGUAUAAAAAAACACUGCAGUGGUCAUCACUAUCCUCUUGCAGUUGGACCAGCUGGAUGGCAAAAAUAGUGCUAGUAGUACCUCAAAAGUAAUUGGAAUAAAAAAAUAACUACUGACCAUGCCAAAAGAGUUGAAAAGAAAAGUUUUCAGUGUGGAAAAGAAGGGUUCAAUUCUGGCUUUACUGGCAGAGGGAUACAGCGAGCAUCAGGUUGGUUCCAUCCUUGAAAUUUCAAAAACGCCAGUUCAUAAGAACAAGGUCAAGCAGCAGACAUUGGGGAAAACAAAUCUACAGACUGGCAGAGGGCAAAAAUGACUCUCCACUGAACGGGAUGACCGCCAACUUAUUAGAAUGUCACUCAACAACCGUAGGAUGACAUCAAGUGACCUACAAAAAGAAUGGCAAACGGCAGCUGGGGUGAAUUACACGGCGAGGACGGUUCAAAACCGGCUCCUAGGGGCAGGGCUGAAGUUGUGCAAAGCUAGAAAAAAGCCCUUCAUCAAUGAGAAGCAAAGAAGAGCCAGGCUGAGGUUUGCAAAAGUCCAUAAGGAUUGGACCAUAGAGGACUGGAGUAAGGUCAACUUCUCUGAUGAGUCCAAUUUUCAGCUUUGCCCAAAACCUGGUCUUCUAAUGGUUAGACGGAGACCUAGAGAGGCCUACAAGGGGAUUGUUGGAUUGUUUUUUCAAGCAGGACAAUGCUCCAUGCCACACAGCCAGGUCAAUCAAGGUGUGGAUGGAGGAGCACCAGAUCAAGACCCUGUCAUGGCCAGCCCAAUCUCCAGACCUGAACCACAUUGAAAACCUCUGGAAUGUGAUCAAGAGGAAGAUGGAUGGUCACAAGCCAUCAAACAAAGCCGAGCUGCUUGAAUUUUUGCACCAGGAGUGGCAUAAAGUCACCCAACAGCAAUGUGAAAGACUGGUAGAGAGCUUGCCAAGACGCAUAAAUGCUGUGAUUGAAAAGCAGGGUUAUUCCACCAAAUAUUGAUUUCUGAACUCUUCAUAAGUUAAAACAUUAGUAUUGUGAUAUUUAAAAAUGAAUAUGAACUUGUUUUCAUUGCAUUAUUAUGAUUUAAUACAGCCAAAUAAAAAUAUUUUUAUUUGGAAUUUGGGAGAAAUGUUGUCAUUAGUUUAUAGAAUAAAACAAAAAUGUUCAUUUUACUCAAACACAUACCUAUAAAGAGUAAAUCCAGAGAAACUGAUCAUUUUGCAGUGAUCUCUUAAUGUUUUCCAUAUAUAUUUAUAAUCCAAUAGAAUAAUAAACCAUCUACGGCCAAAAUGUCCAUUUUACAGUGAAUUUUCUGGCGUCACGUCCUUGCACUUCUCUUCUUGAGUUCUCUGUCAUCCCUGUAAUAAUCACUGUUUGCUGUCUUCCCAACCUUGCGCUCAUUCGAUCAUUUAAUAUCAUAAAACUGUGUAAUAUGCGACGCAUGUCUGAGGCGGUUUCACUUGUCCUGGAAUUAGUUGUCGUCCGAAAUGUAUAAUUUACCUUUUUUUUUUUUAGUUAAGUGGGUUGAGACAUCGCUUUGUACUUAAGAAAUUGAUUAGGGCUGCAUAAAAAGCGGUGGCAUUUUAAAUACUUCGAAAUAAAUGUGAAACUUUAAGGUAAACUUGAAAUUAAUUAUUUUAUACUGUCUGCUGAAGAAAGAAUAACAUUAAAAAUGUGCAUUUCCUUACGCUCCAGUCAGUAGUUUGCCAUCUAAUUGGAACUGGAAGUGAUAUAUAAGCAAACAACUGAACUAAAGAAUGUAUAUGAUUAUAUGAUUAUCUGAAACUGAUUCACUGAUUUGCAAAGGCGAAAUGAAAGGUUCCUGAGAUCCCAUUUAUCAACAUUGUGUACCGACAGUUGUUCCCAGUGAGGCAACAGCCUCCUUGAAGUCCAUAAAAAAACAUAUGUUCAGUGAAGAUUUCUCAAAUACUAGAUCAAAACUGUACUUUCAUUGUUUCAUAAUGGAAUGUGUAAGUUUUUGGACCCAUCAAUACGUUCUGAUUCUUGGCCAGAUGUUAAAUUCUGAGAGAUGCGCCACGUAGUAAAGAAGAAACAUGUUUACAAUAUAUAGACUGUUGUGGGAGGUCUUUACAUUUUCCAAAAAAAAAAAAAAAAAAAAAAAAGAGUAAAAGUGAAACUCCGAUUCUCCGAACGAAGCGACAAGAUAAGGACGUGCGGGCUUCUUCUCUGUGCCAUGCUUCGACGGGAUUGGUUGCUUGUCUUGGUGCUCUGGGGCCGGUAGCACCAGCGAUACGUAAGUUACAACUUAGCGUUGUUGUGGUGUAAAUGGGCACUAAAUCACAAUUUACGCACUACUAAAUAUGUGAGCGUUGCACCAUUACCCUUAGGUAGAACAUAACCCUACACAUAUGUUUGUAAUUACAAAAUGUUUCAUUUAUUGACAUUUAAAGACUUGUGAAUUAAAUAUUAGUAAAACCUGAUUAAGGAACUGCAUACCAGGGUUAUUAUAGUUUUUGAUUUUCAAUUUAGUUUUUAUUUCUAUUUUAUAUUCAAAUUGUGAUUCCAGUUUAGUUUUCGUUAUUUUUCACACUUUGUCAGUUCAAGUUUUUGGU